AUGUCUACAUUUAUGCUUCCCGACUCCCAGACACGCGUCAAUAGCAUCCCAGACCUGGUGAAGGAGGAUCUACUUUCCUUCCCAGCUUUCAAGGUUUGGAUUUCGACGCUUCAACACUCUUUAAAGCGUCAGCAGCUUUCGUCACAUGAGUUUCAUGGGGAUCCGUACAUUCUACGGAAGAUUGACAUUCAAUCCAUUGAUCGCUUUGGGGGUGGAAGGUUGGGCUUUGUCAAGUUAAAGGCCGACGUAUCGAAUUCUCAGGGCGAAAGUUUACCAGGCAGCGUAUUUUUACGAGGUGGUAGUGUAGGCAUGCUGCUCAUUCUGCAGCCGGAUGAUCUACCCGCUGAUCAAGAAAAUGGGAAAUGGGCAAUCCUUACCAUUCAGCCUCGUAUUCCGGCUGGGUCCUUGGCAUUUGCAGAGAUUCCUGCUGGCAUGCUAGAUGAUAGUGGGACUUUUGCAGGCGGUGCGGCGAAGGAGAUUCAAGAAGAGACUGGGCUCUCCGUGCAGUCCAGUGAGUUGCUUGAUAUGACUGCUUUAGCUCUGCAAUCUAUGCCGGAGCCUGAUGAUGGAGAAUGUCUCCAGAAGGCAUUUUAUCCAUCGGCUGGUGGUAGUGAUGAGUUUAUUCCUCUGUUUCUAUGUCAGAAGCGUAUGCGUCGGAAGGAGAUUGAAGAGCUUCAGGGGAAGUUGACGGGGGAGCGUGACCAUGGGGAGAAGAUCACGUUGAAAGUUGUUCCGUUGGAAAAUCUGUGGAAGGAGGGGUUACGAGAUGGGAAAACUUUAGCUGCGUGGGCACUGUAUAAAGGUUUGCAGCAAGAAGGGAAGAUCUAA